GGCGAUUGGGCGAAGCGCACAAGGGGGCCUCUGUGAUUGGGCAGCGGAGGGAAGGACCUCUCCUAUAUAAACGCGGGGUCGCUCAUUCUGGGAUGGAAUCGAUGUGAGGUGUUGAUGGUGGUUCUGAGUGCCCCUUCCUCGUGUAUCAUGGGGACCGUGGCCAGCGAACGGAGCUAUUGGAACGGCUUGACCAUGCUGCAGAAGGUGGCGUUGGCCCUUGGGAUCCCAGCCAGCGGCGCCAUCCUCUACAUCCUUUACCGCCGCUACCGGGAGAGUAAAGAAGAGCGGAUCACCUUUGUGGGAGAAGAGGAUAUGCAAGUGUCAUUGAAGGUUCCAAAGGAAGCUGUGAAGUUCAUCAUUGGGCGGCAGGGAGCCCAAAUCAAGCAGCUGCGGAAGGACACCCAAGCCCGCAUUGACGUUGACAUGGAUGAGUCCAGCGAGGAGCGGUUGAUCCGCAUCUGGGGCUCCCCCGUCCAGGUGUGCACAGCCAAAGCGGCCAUCCACCAGAUCUUGGUGGAGAGUUUGCCCGUGCAGGAGAAGAUCAAGGUGCCCCGAAGGGCCAUUGGACGCAUCAUUGGUCGGGGCGGGGAGACAGUUCGCGCCAUAUGCAAAAACACUGGGGCCAAAGUGGAAUGUGGGUCAAAGAGCAGCACCCAGGAAGGUGAAGAGGCCCUCUUGCUCAUCCGGACCAUCACUGUUUCUGGGACUCGCAAGGAGGUGGACGCGGCCAAGCACCUGAUCAUGGAGAAGCUUUCCGAAGAGGAGGCCUUUCAGAGGAAGCUGUCUCAGUCUGCUUCGGUGCGAUUUCUCCACAAGCAGUCCUUGGGCAAGAGGCAGGAGGGAGUGGCCAAGGACCAAAGUGGGUUGCCUCACUUGGAGAGAGAACUACUACCCAGUCAGGUGCCAAACCUACAGCCUGGGGAAGGGGCUGGAGAAAGAAUCCCUGAGCAUCCCUCAGACGUCGGGCAGGAGCUGAGGAGUGAAGAUGCAUCCCCCGAGGACUCCCUGUCGGCUGCCUCCGCCUUUGAGGUCCCCAGCCCUGACUUCAGCUUCCAUGCGAACGAGCUCUUGGAAGUCUACGUCUCGGCCUCGGAGAGCCCCAACCAUUUCUGGAUCCAGAUCAUCGGCUCCCGGGCCCUCCAGCUGAACAAGCUAAUCUCUGAAAUGACGCAAUACUACGGAAGUGGCGACUGCCUGCCCGAACUGCCCGCUGCGCACGUGGGAGACUUAGUGGCCGCCCGGCACUCGGACGACUCCUGCUGGUACCGGGCCAAAGUCCUGGACAUCCUGGAGAACAAAAACCUGGAUCUUUACUAUGUGGAUUUUGGAGACAAUGGAGAGGCGCCCUUGGAGAAGCUAAGGCCAUUAAGAAGUGACUUCUUAAGCCUCCCUUUCCAAGCCAUAGAGUGCAGCCUUGCUGGCGUUGCUCCGGCCGGUGGUCGGUGGGAAGAAGCCGCGCUCAACGAGUUCGACCGCCUCACCCAUUGUGCCGAGUGGAAGCUCUUGGUGGCCAAGAUCUGCAGCUAUGUGCCUUCGGGGAGCACCACCUGGCCCCACGUCCGACUGUACGACACCAGCACGGAUCAGAGCAUCGAUGUGGGCGCAGAGCUGAUUCGCUUGGGCUACGCGGUGCCAAGCCCGCAGGAGAGCGAUGGUGGCGGCAUGGGAGACGGACGGCACCAGCUGAGCAAAGAGGGGAACAUGAUGGAGGCCUCCCUGGAAAAUCUGUCCGAGAUGCAGAAAACUCCCGAUGAGAUGCCUCUCUCCUUGUCCUGUGUCAGCCUUCCAGAUGUGGCCUCUGUGUCGGAGAGCGGGGAUUUCGGAGACCCCUCAUUGACUCCUUUGGCUUCAGGAAUGACGGGCGUUGCAUCUGAAACAGAGCCAGUGGCAAAGCAGCAGCAUCAGCACAUCCCAUGACUGGCCCAGAAGAACAUCUCACUGUCUUGGUGGGCACCUGCUUUUGACACGCAUCUACUUCAGAGCAGGAUGCAACAGAUGCAAGAAGCCAGUGCUCCACGGCAAGCUUAGUGGGGCAGAUUUUCAUUGGGUUCCAGUUUGGUCUCCCUCAGCUUGAUGAAUGUCUUGCAUGUGCCGCCGUUUUGGAUUUGUUUGUUUGUUUGUUGAAUCACGAGGGAUACGAGGCCCUCAGGCUUUUUCCAUUGAGAUGUCCAUUGAAGCAAAGAUGCUGCGGCAAGUUGGUUCUUUUUUUCCCUCUUGAUGGUGACCCCCUUUACUAAAGGAGAGGCAAAUAUGGCUGCCUGACAGUUUCCUGCCAAUGGUUGGGAAGAUUAAAAGGUGGAAGUCGGUUACCUUUCCCAGGUUUUAUGUUUUCACAGAGGAGAGAAAGGAAAGUGUUUUCCUUUUGUGUAAAUAAAGUUGUAUUAUUAUUAUUUAUUGUUUAAUGUUCACCACGGUUGCCUGACAGAUGGAUUUUCAAAUUGCACAUUUCUGGGUGGAAGAUGUAAUAAUUUAAGUCUUACUACCCAGCAUCUAUAACAAUAAAUUCUGACGAUUAUUCAGACUACAACAAUUUCCAUGUGAACGAAGAUACGGUUUUGAAAUUUUGGCCAAGCAUUAUCCUUGCCCAGGACAUAAUACUGAUAAAUACACACAAAUGUCUAUACUAGACAAUGUCAAAGAGAUAAACACUAUAAAGGUUCAAAACAUAAAAAGAGAUGUGUAUAUUAGAGCAACUUGCAAAGGCCACAGAAAUAGUCAGUCCUCUCUGACUAUAGAGCUAUCUUCCUUCUAUGUAAAAGGAUAAGCAAAUACUAUAAAGUUUCAAAACAUAAGUUGCAUUAUGUAAUUCAGAGCACCAUAUACAUACAAUAUUACCUGAGAGUUAACAACAAUAAUGAAAAUAAUAAGUACAGUCAACUGUAAUAAUCCACAGUAGUAUCUUCCAGACUGUAAUAGUCUCCACUAUUUAAACAUCAAUUGAAUUUGGCAACCAAAAAAAUAUAAACACAUUCAACCUUUGCAAAAUAAUAUUGGUUAAUAUAUCUUUUAAGACUUCACAGGUUGCCAAAAUCAAUUGAUGUUUAAAUAGUGGAGACCAUUACAAUCUGGAAGAUACUACUGUGGAUUAUAACAGUUGACUGUACUUUUUAUUUUCAUUAUUAUUGUUUACUCUCAGGUAAUAUUGUAUGUAUAUGGUGCUCUGAAUUACAUAGUGCAACUUAUGUUUUGAAACUUUAUAGUAUUUGCUUAUCCUUUUUACAUAGAAGGAAGAUAGCAAUAUACUCAGAGAGGCCUGACUAUUUCUGUGGCCUUUGCAAGUUGCUCUAAUAUACACAUCUCUUUUUAUGUUUUGAACCUUUAUAGUGUUUGUUUAUCUCUUCAACCAGGACAUAAUACUGCCAGAUUUGCAACCAUCCAGCAUCUAUAACCGCCCUGCAGGGUCUCUUCAUAUUUGGCACUUUUUUGGUGCAAAUGGUAAAAUCUACCAAAGUUCAAAGCCAAUAAUUUUAAGAGUCUACGUGAAUAUGCUUGUGAAUAUAAUAUCAUCUGAAAGAGAAAAUUUUGCUCUAUAAGAUUGAUAUGUUUUUGUUUUGCAUUGUGACCAUUAAGUAUCCAUUUACUUGGGUCAAAGUAAUAAUAAUAAUAAUAAUAAUAAUAAUAAUAAUAAUAAUAAUAAUUUUAUUUUUAUACCCCACUUCCAUAUCCCCAAAGGGACUUGGGGUGGCUUACCUGGGGCAAAGCCCAAGCAAUUACAAUAAAACAAAAUAAAAUACAUACAAGACACAUGACAACAUCUAGUAAAAAUGCUUAUACAAUAACAUAGUAUGUUAUAUUGUGUGCAUUUAUGCAUCUUCAUGGUCAUUCUAGUCACUGCAUGGCUAUCAGGUGUGGCCGCUAUGGCGAUGGGGAUGCUGGUUUAAAUGUGAUAUAUAAAAUACAGUAAAGUCUCGCUUAUCCAACAAACGGGCCGGCAGAAUGUUGGAUAAGUGAAAAUGUUGGAUAAUGAGGGAUUAAGGAAAAGCCUAUUAAACAUCAAAUUAUGGUUAUGAUUUUACAAAUUAAGCACCAAAACAUGAUUUACAACAAAUCAACAGAAACAGCAGUUCAAUACACAGUAACGUCAUGCAGUACAGUAGAAUCUCACUUAUCCAACACUCGCUUAUCCAACGUAUUUUUGUAGUGAAUGUUUUCAAUACAUCGUGAUAUUUUGGUGCUAAAUUCAUAAAUACAGUAAUUACUACAUUACUACACUGCGUAUUGAACUACUUUUUCUGUCAAAUUUGUUGUAUAACAUGAUGUUUUGGUGCUUAAUUUGUAAAAUCAUAACCUAAUUUGAUGUUCAAUAGGCUUUUCCUUAAUCCCUCCUUAUUAUCCAACAUAUUCACUUAUCCAACGUUCUGCCAGCCCGUUUAUGUUGGAUAAGUGAGACUCUACUGUAAUUACUGUAUUUAUAAAUGUAGCACCAGAACAUCGCAAUGUAUUGAAAACAUUGACUCCAAAAACAUUGACUACUAAAAGGCAGACUUUGUUGGAUAAUACAGAACGUUGGAUAAGUGGAAGUUAGAUAAGCAAGACUCUACUUUGAUCUGACUAAAUGGAUACUUAAUGGUUGCAAUGCAAAACAAAACUAUAUCAGUCUUGUAGAGCAAAAUUUUCUCUUUCAGGUGAUAUUAUUCACAAGCAUAUUCAGGUAGACUCUUUUUUAAUAACUGGCUUUGAAUUUUGGUAGAUUUUACCAUUUGCACCAAAAGUGCCAAAUUUGAAGAGAUCCUGCAGGGCGGUUAUAGAUGUUGCUCUAUAAGAUUGAUAUGUUUUUGUUUUGCAUUGUGACCAUUAAGUAUCCAUUUACUUGGGUCAAAGUAAUAAUAAUAAUUUUAUUUUUUAUACCCCACCUCCAUCUCCCCAAAGGGACUUGGGGUGGCUUUGCAUUGGUGGUUGUUUGAUAUUAUUACUGUUAUAUAAACCUUUGUUUUAACUUCUGUUUUAUCAUCUUCUUGUGUUUUAAACUGUGUAUAUUGUUUAAUGUAUUUGUGCUGUUACUUUUGUAACUUUGUGAGCCGCCCCGAGUCCCCACAGGGAGAUGGUGGCGGGGUAUAAAUAAAGUUUUAUUAUUAUUAUUAUUAUUAUUAUUAUUAUUAUUAUUAUUAUUACCUGGGGCGAAGCCCAAGCAAUUACAAUAAAACAAAAUAAAAUACAUACAAGACAAAAUACAUAUUCAGUCCAGCGCAAGCAUAUUGCUUGGCCAAAAUUUCAAGUCCGUAUCUUUGUUUGCAUGGAAAUUGUUGCAGUCUGAAUAUUUGGAUGCCCACUUUGAGUCAACUUAUUUGACUGGAUUUUGCACCCAUAAGGUUAACAUUAAUUUCAUUGGAAUCGGCAGAAAAAAACUGUACAGGACUUCAAUUUACUAGCCAUUCUUACACAUUUAGUUUCAAUUUUAUUAGACCCGAAAAAUUGCCUUUUAAAUGUCAUGCACACGCUGACUGACUACCCUUCAGAUAAGGGGGUCUCGAUCAGCAACUAUUGCACUUAAAGACCUCAAUUUUUGGGAAACGUAGUUUAACACCUGACUGGCGUUGCAGAUAAAAUUUGAACUAAAUUAGAGAACAUGAUGGUAGGAACAUUUUUUAAUUUUAGUCCACUUGGCAUGGAAUUGACCCUACUUUGUUAAGAGCAGCUUCCCUGUUAUGCAUCCAGACAAGCUUUCCCUGGACUGUACUAUUUGAGCUUUUUGGGGCAGGGAAAUCCACAAUUCUUCCCGCGAUGUGUACAUAAGUUAACAUGGUCUGACGCCAGGCUUCUCACAUCACCAUUUUUCUCAGUGGUAACUGAUAUUGGUGCAUUUUAGUGGGAGAAAAUGUUCAGUUAUAUAACCCACCCUAUAAUUUCAAAAUAGUACAGUCCAGUCGUAUCGCAUGAAGUUUUGCAUGCUGAAACGCAGUUUGUGGGGUCUUGCUGCUGAAAAUUGGGACAACUGUCUGCCAAAAAAAAUAUAUAGUGAGGAUGGUAUUGUGAGCAGUGUUGGUGUGCAUUACUCAAGAGUUGCAACGUAAACGUUGGACUAAGACUUAAUAGAGGUGAUGGAUGGUCUAAGCUUGCAUUGCAGGUUGGUCUCUGUGGCCUCUGGCUUGGAUGUGCUUUUCCCACAUUGUGACAAAUGUUGCCCGAUGGGUGUGAUGCCAAUAUGACAGGGAAGACGUUACUGCCAAUUCAAGAGCGGUACAAUUUUGAUUGAAAAUUGGGUUUUGAAUGGGUGGUGGGUGAGAUGGAAGAAUGUCCCCAUUGGGCCUGUGCCUGAGAUUCAAUUGUAUAUUUUUCUGGUUGUCUUCUAUAUAAAAUAAAUUUUCUGCAUUUGAA